AAACCACAAGGACUUUGCACACCUGCUGGUCUCAACUUUUUCCUUUAGCUUAAAAAAAAUGCGUCAAGAAAAUCCGCUUUACAAUAAGGUCACAACUAGACAGUGUCUCAUUCUGGAAGUUCUAAAUUGAUACCAAAUAGAUUAAAGACUUUUUGUUUUGUUUUGUUUGUUUUUUGAGACAGGGUUUCUCUGUGUGUAGCUCUGGCUAUCCUGGAACUCACUCUGUAGACCAGGCUGAUUUUGAACUCACAGAGAUCCACCUGCCUCUGCCUUCUGAGUGCUGGGAUUAAAGGUGUGCACCACCACCGCCCGGCAGAUUAAGGACUUUCCGUGCUUUAUGUUACUAGCAUGCAGCUCACAGCAUUUUUUUUUCCCCGCCCCUCAGUCUCGCUGGAGAUUGAAACCAGAACAGGCUAGACUACUCAUCUACCACGGAACCACGCCCCUAGGCUGUAGCUGGUGGAUUUUAGGCAAGUCCUUUACUGUUGACUGCCACAUUUUCGCGCCCUAUCUUUAGUUUUUAUUUUCAGACAGGGUUUCAUUAAAUGGCUCAGGUUGGUGCCGCAAGCUUUGAACUUGGGAUCCUCUUGCCUUGGUUGUCCAAAGUAGGUGGGAUUACAAGCCUGAGCCUCCAAGACCAUGCACAUCACUUAAAAAAAAAAAAAAAAAAAAAAAAAAAAAAAAAAAAAGUUAUCAGCUUGAGCCAGCAAGACCCGGGACUGUGAGGCACUGAUGGAAUCUGAGCCUUCUCUUUUUCACCAGCAUAGUGUAUAUUGUGCACCAAGGAUCUUUUCCCUUUUCCUCCUUUUUGUUUUGUUUUGUUUUUUCUCUCCUCUUCCCCUCUCCCCCCUCCUCUCACCACUGGGGCUAGAACACACUGGGCAAGCAGUCUCCCCCUUCGCUACAACAUCCCCAGCCCUCCUCCUCUACUUUUAAAUGGAAUUAAUGAAUACCGGAGGCUAUGACUGUCCCUCGUGCAACUUUUUCCAAGACAAUGGGGCAAUGACACGGUUACCCAGGGGCCUCCACCUGACUCCUCUCUUCCCUAAACAGGGCUCUCACAUGGCUUUCUGGUGCUGCUUCAUUUCCUCAGAGGACAGAAGGCAGGGUCAGCCUUUUCCCCAGCUCCACGGAGAGUGCCCGCCAUGAUCCUGUCGCUGAUACUCCAGCUGUUGACUCUCUGGCCUGUGUGUCACACGGACUUCACACCAACAGCUCCGCCAGCCUCAAACCCCAAGCCCUGGCUGGGGGCUCAUCCUGCUGCAGUUGUGACUCCGGGAGUCAACGUGACUUUGAGGUGCCGCGCACCCCAACCUGCCUGGCGGUUUGCACUCUUCAGAACUGGUGGUGUUACCCCCCUGUUCUUCCGGGAUGUGUCCACGGAGCUGGCUGAAUUCUUCCUGGAGGAAGUGGCUCUGGCCCAGGGAGGCAGUUAUUACUGCCGCUAUCGCAGGACAGACUGGGCACCCGGUGUCUGGUCCCAGUCCAGCAAUGUCUUAGAGCUGCUGGUGACAGAUCAGCUGCCCAGACCAACACUGGUUGCAUUGCCUGGGCCUGUGGUAGCUCCAGGAGCCAACAUAAGCCUGCGCUGUGCAGGCCGCAUGCCAGGCAUGAGUUUUGCGCUGUACCGUGUGGGUGUGGCAACCCCUCUGCAGUACAUCGACUCUGUGUAUCCCUGGGCUGACUUCCCUCUGAUGGGCGCCCAGGCUCCUGGCACCUACAGUUGUUAUUACCACACACCAUCUGCUCCCUAUGUGCUGUCACAGCGCAGCCCGCCACUGGUCAUCAGCUCCGAAGGUUCCGGCUCCUCGGACUAUACUCAGGGAAACCUCAUUCGUUUGGGAGUGGCUGGGCUGGUCCUCAUCUGCUUGGGCAUCUUAGUUACUUUUGACUGGCAUAGCAGGAACUCUGCUUUUGGUGGCCUCCUGCCUCAGCAAAACUGGGUGUAGGCAUGUGGGGAUGAGAAGAUCCUGUCUGGAGGUGGGCAGAGAAGCCGGGGUCAUUGGUGAUUAGCCCCUGCGGAAGGCUCCAGGCGUCCAGACUCCACUGGAUUAACCACCCUUCUUCACCCUUUUGCACGGUAGCUUCCUUCUGGGUCCUCUCCUAGACCUCUCAGGGGAGUGGACAACACUACCAUAUUUUCUUUGAUUGUAAAAUGGUUUAAUACCACAUUAUUGGGAUUGUUGAAGGAUUAAAAGCAGUGACUGGCCUGUGGUAAA